AUGUGCAUUGAUUAUAGGCAGUUGAACAAGGUAACAAUUAAGAACAAGUAUCCCUUGCCUCGUAUCGAUGAUUUGUUCGACCAGCUUCAGGGAGCGAGAGUGUUCUCCAAGAUUGAUCUCCGUUCGGGUUAUCACCAGUUGAAGAUCAAGGACUCAGAUAUACUUAAGACAGCUUUCAGGACUCGAUAUGGUCAUUAUGAGUUCUUGGUGAUGUCUUUCGGGCUAACCAAUGCCCCAGCAGCGUUCAUGCAUUUGAUGAACAGUGUGUUCCGGCCGUAUCUCGAAUCAUUUGUCAUAGUUUUCAUUGACGAUAUUCUGGUGUACUCGCGUAGUCAGGAGGAGCACGCGGAGCAUUUGAGGGUGGUGUUGCAAAAAUUGAGGGAGGAGAAGUUUUAUGCAAAGUUCUCC